GGCAUACAACUGGGAGAUGAUGCUUCACCAGGAGCGCAAAACUACUUCCGAGUCAAUGAUAGUAUUCUCAAUUCAUUCUUCAAACCACUCUUCAACACAAGAGCAUUAAUGUUUCUGCCUCUAUUGAUGCACAGUAGGACGAAGGGAUCCCUUAAGCUGAAAUCGACAAACCCCUUACAACCACCCACUUUUCAAGUAUCAGUACUUUGAAGACGAUCGCGACGCCAAAGCCCUAGCCUACGGAAUACAGGUCGCGAUCAACAUAACCCGCCAGAAACCCUUCGUUGACAUGGGAGUAGAGCUGUACGCCGUCAAACUGCCAGGCUGUGAGUCGUUUCAGUUCGAGACAUUCGAGUACUGGGAGUGCCACGUGAGAGUUCUUACGCUCAACUUUUACCACUACGUUGGCACGUGCAAAAUGGGCCCCCACACGGACGCAUCGACCGUGGUAGAUGCUCGCCUGAGGGUUCAUGGUAUGCAGAAAAUUCGAGUGGUAGAUAUUGGUAUCAUUCCCGAGGCGCCGACGUCACACACGGCUGCCGUGGCGUAA